AUGCUUCGCUUUUACAUUGCAGCUCUCCUUGCGCUCCUGUGGCACGCAGCUAGCGUCCACAGUGUAGCUGUUAACAGCGUCUCUCGCCAGAAAUGCCAGGCUUCGGGCACUCAUUGUCCCAAGGGCACUAUCAAGGUCUCGGCCUCGGACAAGCAUGCAGACUUUACCACUAUCCAGGCUGCCAUUGAGUCCCUGCCCAAUGACAAUUCCUCUCAGACCAUCCUCAUCCUGGCUGGUACCUACAAGGAGCAAGUGAACGUCACCCGUGCGGGCCCAGUCACUCUGCUUGGCCAGACAUCAGCUUCCACCGAUGCCACCAAGAACCAGGUGACCAUCACCUGGGCGGCCGCGAACCUCGACAGCACCGGCCAGAGCGUGGACAACGUCUACUCCAGUGUCCUAGUCGUUUCACCCACUCUCGACGCCAGCCUGACAGGCUCUGGCACAACGGGCUACCCCGUGCCGGCCGAUACGCCCUUUGGCAACAAGAACUUCCGCGCCUACAACAUCGACUUCACCAACACCUGGGCUGAGUAUAGCGACGGCCCCGCCCACGCGUUGAGCUUCAGCCGCGCCAACGGUGGCUUCUACUACUGCGGUUUCUACUCCUACCAGGACACGGUCUACGUCGGCAAGCUCGGCAACGCCUACUUCUACAAAUCCAUCCUGGCCGGCCAAACCGACUUCCUCUACGGCUUCGGCACAGCCUGGAUCCAAUCGUCCGACGUCCUCCUCCGCGGCUGCGGCGGCGGCAUCACCGCCUGGAAGGGCACAAACACCACCUUCACCAACAAAUACGGCGUCUACAUCGUGGACAGCAACGUGCGCGCCGCAAACGCCUCCGUCGCGCCCAGUAUCGUGGGUGCCUGCGCUCUAGGCCGGCCCUGGAACUCGCAGCACCGGUCUAUCUUUGCUCGGUCGUACGAGGACGCUUCUAUCAAGGCUAGUGGGUACAUUGACUGGAUUGUGUCCGGGGUGGCGCGGUACGAGAAGAAUGUGACGUUCAUGGCGGAGUAUGAUAUUCGGGGGCCCGGAUUUAAUGCGACGGGGCGGGCGGAUGGGAAUGUUACUACUGUCCUGGAUAAGAAAGGGUUUGAGCCGUAUAGUGAGCCGGCUAAGGUUUUCCAGAAUCAGGAGGGCGUGUUUGGGAAUGUUGCCUGGAUUGAUUGGGAGACUGUUGGUGCGAAAUAG